AUGGCCGAUAACGACCGAAAACGACAGUUCAACGCGGCGCCCGAGGACGAAUUCGAGGCGAAACGCCCGAAAGAAUCGCGCAAAGUCGAAUUCCCCAUUCCCGAGAACUUUGUGGGACUCGUGAUCGGCCGAAACGGUCAGGAGAUUGCGUCGAUCGCGCGUCAGACCGGAUGUCGGAUGCAGGUUUCGACUGACAAAUCCGUGCCGGGCAUUCGAAUGGUCGAGAUCGAGGGAUUUCAGGUGGAAAUCGCCCCCCGCUUUUCCCGAACGCCCAUCUAGCCACACCAUUUUUUCGUUUUCAGGACGCCAUUGAGCUGGCGAAAGUGCUCAUCACAGUGCUGAUUAGUCGCAAAAAAGAAGAGCCACCGAGCGGCGCGCCGGAUUCACCGAAACUCGAGCAAUCGAACUCAAAUGCCGACGGAAAAGUGCUGGUGCACAUGGAAAUUCCGGCGGACAAGUGCGGAGCGAUCAUCGGGAAAGGCGGCGAAAACAUGAAACGGCUGCGGAAAUCGACAAAUUGCCACAUUGUCCUUCAGCAAACCUCGUCGGGAGUCACGAGCCAACCGAAACUGCUUCAAAUCCGAGGCACGGCCGAAGGUGUCGAGAGAGCGCAACGCAUGGUUCACGAAAUUAUCGCCGUGACGGACGCGUCGUCGCUUCCCGCCAAUUCGCACUUCAACACGACAACGGUGCACGUGAAAGUGCCACGAGCCGCCGUCGGAGCGGUGAUGGGCAAGAAGGGCGCGAACAUCAGAGCCACGUCCGACGAGUGCAACGUCAAAAUUCAGUUUUUGCCCGAAGACGAUCCGUUUAUGUUGGAAAGAACGCUGGCGAUCAUCGGAACGCCUCUUAAUGUCACGUGGGCGAUGCAGAAGGUGAAGACGGUGAUCGAGACGAACCAAAAGGCGGGUGAACUGGAACAUUUGACGGUAAUUUUCGUCUUUUGCGUUUUUGCGCCAAUAUUCGAUCAAUUUUGAGAACAUUUAUCGAAAUGCGUACUAUUAUAGGGGCACCGGACAGAAAGGGCGCGCUGUUCGCAAUCUGGCCGAAUUUCUAGGCCGCGAAGUAAUUUUUCACUGAAAACGUGGCCUAACUUUUCAAACUCGGCCCCGAGGUCGCCCAAUUUGCACUGCAAAAAGAGUUUCUCAAUAGAGCGUCAUUUCUGUGCGGUGCCCCUAUAAUAACUACUAAAGUACAUUUUUGAGGUCUUCUACCUGGACAUUCCGGCCUCGAAAUGCGGCAUAGUGAUCGGACGCGGCGGAGAGACGAUCAAACAGAUCAACACGGAAUCGGGCGCGUACUGCGAGCUCUCCCGCGAGCCGCACCAGAAUCCGCUCGCCAAAACGGUUGUGAUUCGAGGCACCGAGUUGCAGGUGGAGCACGCGAAGCAUCUGAUUUGCGUGAAAGUCGGCGACAUUCCGCCGAACACGCCGUUCAAUCCGCCGCCGAACGUUGAUCCUGUGCAAAGGUGGUUUCAGAAUCAGAUCGCGCCGGCGAUGUCGUUCCCGGCGGCGGAACAACAACUUCAAACUCCCGCCGAACCUUCGAGUUCCUGGGUAUCGUCGCUUUGAAAAGUUGAGAAAGAACUCGAUUUUACAGCCAACUCCUUCGCCAGACGAACCGAAAACGCCCAACUGGGGACCGAAACAAAGUUCGGCCGCGCCGACCACGGACUACUCCUCCCAAUGGCUGCAAUAUUACAUGUAAGACCCCCCCAAACACCCCCUAAGAUGCUGAUAUCAAAAUUUCAGGAGCGUCGGCGACACGUCGGCAGCCGAAGCGGUCCGUCAUCGCAUCGAAGAACAGACGAGAGCAAGCGAAGAGGAGGGAGAGCGCUAG